CAUUGGCUUGUCGGGAUUUUCCAAUUUUCCAUGCUAAUUUGUCAUUUAACCACUUACGUGAUCAUUGUGAAAUGAAUUGCAAAUUCAUGCGUAAGAAAGUUGUACAGAUUGUCGAUGCUGGAGGGGAAAAAAUCGUUCGCGAUAUCCUAAUCUGAAAGGGAACUGAAGUACAACGAGAAAUGCUUUUGUUUUGAUUAGCAUCGAACAAACAUUGGCUAAUAUGCUUUUAGCAGCAAUUUCUUUCUUGUUCUUGGUCAAAUUUGGGCCUACCACAUGUUCAACUCACCAAGAUAGCUACUUUUGUGGGUUGGUAGAAGACACAAUUCUCAAUACAGACUGGAUGACCUGUCUCCAAGCUUGCCAUAACAAAGCAAGCUGUAUCUCGUAUAACUACGGUAGAAGAGAUAAAACUUGUGAGAUGAUCUCCGACGGAGUUACGAAUCAGUGUGACAGUGGAAAGGUGAUUUACUCAAGAGGAUGGGUUUUUCAUCAGAUAAGGGUAAGAACUAUGUAAAUGGGUGGUCAGGAGUUUUUUCCUCUCCUCAAAGCUUGUUGCAAAAUGACACUCUCGGAUGAAGAUUGUAUUACAAAGAGCAAGAAAUUAAGGUGCAGAUUUUUUAACAGUUUAUUUCGUUAAUGCCUUAAAAACAACCGAGACAGAGCUCGAACUUGCUGAGAAAGUUUUGCAAAUUUUCAAUCAAGAGUUAUAGUGUUAUAAUAUUUUCAAUAAACUUGCCGACUCUGGCACUGUAGCAAAACUUAAAUUAUCGUCACUGGCACAAGUCUCGUCAUUGCACAUAAUGCUAUUUAUAACAUGCUUCAGGCUUAAAUUGGAUGCCAUUUUAUGUUUUAAGAAAAUGAGAGAGGUAAAUUGAAAAGUGGUAUGGUAUUUACAAAAUAUCAUUUACGAAUGUUUCCACUAUAUACUGGCUUGCACGGUUGCGAAAAUACGGGGUAAAAGGUCAAUUUCGUUGCUUUAUCAUUAGGAUAAAAAUUAUUCCAGCGGGAAUUGUGGCUGUUUUUCUUUCUUAGGAACAUUAAAAAGAUAGAUAUUGUUGCAUUAUGAUGUAGUUUUGUGGAAGCCAAGGUAAAGAGGAAGCUAAUACUUGUAGCAACUAAAAAUGAGAAAAAAGUUAUGCAUUUUUGUGUUUCCCACAAUUAAAUGGAAAAUACGUUUUGCUUGCUUGCGCGUUGGGAUUGAAACACGUUUUCAUACCAGAAGCUACACAGCAUAUUGACAACAAACGACUGAGUUAAAAAAAAAAGCAUAAAAAAGCAUUUAUUUAUUUCUGGUACCAAUAUUAAAAAGCAAAAAGCUCUCUUAACAAAACUAAAUGAUUCAUAAAUUGUUUUAAAAUAUUUUAUAUUGCGAUAUCAGCGAUACAAGAACCACUGCAACGUAGUACAAUAUUAUUUCCGAUAGAGGCAGAUUUCAAUCGCUGAAGAUGAGCACUUUGGAAGCUAUUGUUUGAAGAACCUCAAAUAUAUAAUUUUUCAUUAGCCUUUAUUUUCUUUUACCACUGACUUCAGAUGCUUCAAUUUAGAAACGAAAGAAACUGUAGUCAGCUUAAUAAGCUUGAUAAGACUUGUUUUUAAUUUGCCAGGUCUUAUUUAACAAAACCCGUGGCAACUGGUAUAUAUUGUGUUGACUUUGCCAGCGGCUGAGGAAAAGAAAAGCAAAUAUUUAGAUUUUAAGGAAGCUUUUAUGAAGGAAAUUGAAAUAUUUAUUCAAGAGCAACGAAUCUAUUCACAAAUCGUCGUGGAAACAAAGUUAAAAGACGGGAAGAACACCAACAGAAAAAAAUUGAUUAGAAAUGAAUUAUUGGAUGGCUAUUUUUUGAAAUUUUUAGAUAAACAGCUAUAACAGAGAUUCAUAGUGGAUGCAUGUUAAGAACCUAAGAACCGCAGGUGUUUUUCAAAAUCGGAUUUACCAAUUCAGAGACAAUCGAGUUUCGCAUUCAUGCCAUCAGCGACCAAAAUUGGAAAUUGGCUUGUAUGGAUUCAAUACGAAUCAUACUGUUAAAAAUAGUAUAUCAUUGUUGAAUAAAGAUGUUAAAAAAAUCCGCGUCAAUUAAGGCCCAAUUUUGACGUCUUUCCUCAAAUGAGCCGAAGAGAAUCUUAAAAGUAGGCCGGUUGAAUUGAUUUCGACGUGCUAUUUUUUUCCAAUUAAGCGGAAUUGAUUCGGGCGAUUUACCUCUCAUGGAAUUGGUUCCUGAUUUAUUCGAUUCGAAAUGUAAGUUUAUAUCACCCGUGCUGAAUCUGCGAGGGGUAAAAUUUAAAAGUACAAAUAUACACCAUUUCAUUGUUAGAUAAAGUGAAGUUUCUAAUCCAGAAAGUCGUUAGACAACACCACAACUCUGUUAUCACCAGUUUACAGGCUUAUUUGGUUGUGCUGAAGUAAUCAUGGCCUGCUAGAAUAAAACCAAAACGAAAAAAAAGGGUAUUCGUAUUCCAUAAUUAUUGAUAAUUAAAAUAGUUGGUGUGUAACUCAUUCUAUUUCCUUGUUUUUUUUAUUUUUAGCCACUUCCUCAAAAACAAGUCAUUGCAGGUAAUAUCGAAAAUCUUUUUUUUUUUCUAACAAUUCCUUUCAGGAAAGAAACUGUAAUUAUUCCCUUGCAUUUACUGCGUAAGUUGGUGCACAAGUGCUUUUAGUCCAUAUUCUAUAUUAAAACGACAUCCACUUUCUAUGUGUUUGCAUCUUGUCACUCAAUUUCUUGGUUUAUUUACCAGCAAACUCCGUAAAUUAUUUUAUUUUCACGUUUUCUCUCGUGGCCUUCGAUGAAUGUGCUUGGAAGAAAUAAAAAGUUGAAAUCGUAGAGCACUAAAAAAGCCAAAACAAUCACACACUUUUUGGAAACAAAGUAAAUUUGAGAAUAAAUUUGAAAAGAAGCUAUAAGGGUUUUUUUAACUUUCAUCUGUCUUUUUUUUUAUUCUGUUAUUAUUUUUCAUCGAAGAAUUAGGAGCUAGUCCGAGUAAUCCUGGCGAGUCAUGCUUGGAUAUUCUCGAUCGCAGGUGAGUAAUCCUGGGUACUGGUGGCUUUUGUGUGUGUGUGUGUGUUUGGGAUGUUCCUAAAUUUCUUGCCUUCUCUUUUGUAGCAACUGUAACUAAAUCUCUAGCUGGUCGAGGAGACUAGUACUGUAGACCGCAAAAUAACGGAAAGUGUCAGUUGUUAAGACUGACAAAUGACUGACAAAUGACUGACAAAUGACUGACAAAUGACUGACAAAUGACUGACAAAUGACUGACAAAUGACUGACAAAUGACUGACAAAUGACUGACAAAUGACUGACAAAUGACUGACAAAUGACUGACAAAUCCAGUUUCUGGCUUAAUAACCUUGUUUCUUCAUUAGGUAUUAGUCAUUAUCUAUCAACCGGGGGGGAGGGGGAGGGGGUUGGUGAAUUUUGGGGGGAUCACAUGGGGGAACGGAGGUGGGGCCAGCCGUUACCGACAGAGUAUAACGGGGGAACUAUAGUGCGGAGGGUUAUAAGAAUAUCACCAAGCCUUAUGGGGGAAUCAGAUGAGUUUUAUCGUGACACAACCAAAAUCAUCCAAACUCCCACCCAAGGUGAUAAAUAAUGACCGGCCCCUAACCGGGAGUAAGGUUACACGCACCUCUAAAGAGCACCUAACUAGAUGCAUUGUAUUACAAUAACAAAAUCAUCCAAACUUCUCCCCCUCCCCCCGUGAUAAAUUAUGACCGGUCCCAUUGGGAAUAAGGUUACACGCACUUCUAAAGACUACCCACCAAGAUGCAUUAUAUUACAAUAACAAAAUCAUCCAAACCUAUCUCCCCCCCUCCCCGUGAUAAAUAAUGAGCGGCCUCUUGGGGAGUAAGGUUACACGCACCUCCAAAGAGUACCCACCAAGAUGCAUUGUAUUACAAUAACAAAAUUAUUCUAACCUACCCCCAAGGUGAUAAAUAAUGACCGGCCCCUUGGGGAGUAAGGUUACACGCAUCUCCAAAGAGUGCCCACUAAGAUGCAUAAUAUUAUCAUAACUUGUUUAAAGUUCAACUCUCUUAGAGGUCACCAGUUUGUAUGAGUAAACAUUCGACCCUUUUUUAUUUUCUAUAUUUCGCCAUAUUUUCUUUUCUUUUCACAGAUCUUCCUAUGGAUCUGUUAAAAACGGUGCCUACUAUAUCAGAAUAGGACAAAAAACAAGUUUUAUCUAUUGUUUAAUGGAAAAUACCCCGGGGUGUAAAAAUGGAGGCUGGACAUUAGCUAUGAAAAUAAACGGAAACAAGGUAAGUUUGGUAGCGAUUUAUAAUGCUGAAACGAAUUCAUAAAUCCUCUUCUCAUUGUGGAUUACAUGCACCUACCUACUUUUGCAAAAAAAACCCGACUUUGGGCCUCUUCCUCCAAGAGCAAACAGUAGCAAACAGUAGCAGCAUAACUAAUAGUGCCUGAUUGUUCGAUACCUCUGUGCUUGGGGCGCUUUUCGAUUCAUCACCAAUUCCGAAGAAUGAGCCAGUGAUAAUCACAACAGCAAACUGGUUGAAGCGCGGGGAAAAGCAUGAUUGGUCUUCAUUUUGGAUCUGAUUGGUGAAGAGACUGACAAGAGUUUUUCUUGACCAAUAAUAGAUCAUACAGGAAUAAAACCAAUGUAAUUCUGGAUUACUUACAAUAAAAAAAACAGUUGAGAUUUGCUCUAGGAUAGUGAUCAUGCACGAUUUACGAUAUUGAAGUGUAGAUGUCUGACUGUGCUAACGGUCUAACUUUGACUGACCGACGAUCUGAUUGACUAACUUACCCAAUCGCUAACAGACUGACAGACGGAUGGACGACUGAGAGUCGAACUCAGUGUCAAGUUGUCUGACUGAGUGACUGACAAGUGCCCAACCGAAAAACUAACAGUCUCACAGGGAGAAGUGCGGCUGACUGGCUGACUCAAGCUUAGGUCAGUAGAGUGGAAAAAAAGAUAUUUAAUUGGUAAGAUCAACACUUCCAGGUGCAUUAGUAUUUAAAAGUAGUAACUUUACCUUUAAACCUGAUUUGAAUGAAAGAUAGUCGUAUUAUUUUGUUGACAAAGUAGCUAUAAUGUUUAUCUGUGUAUUUAUCAUAGGGAACAUUCUCAUAUUCCUCUGACUUGUGGAAAAAUACGGAAGCUCACAAUCCAGAAGAAGCUAAUAAUCUCGAUGAGAAGGUACAAAUAUAACAUAUAUAUAUAUAUAUAUAUAUAUAUAUAUAUAUAUACAUAUAUAUAUAUAUAUAUAAAAUUUGGUUUUCGAGUCAUAAACCUUUCUUUAAAAAAAAUUGAUAAGACGAUUCCUUAACACUGAACUCCCGAUCAAAAGAAGAGUUUUACUGUUGCCUUACUUGGUGAGGACGCUGCACAUCAAGUUUUUAAAUGAAAUUUAGAUUCAUUGAAGUAAAAAGAUUAGCUUUCUCUGGUUGUCGAAUUGAUUAACAUGGCUUCGCUUUUUUCCCGUCGCUCGACUUGUUUCCUUGUUUGUUUGUUUGUUUGGUCUUUUUUUGGGAAGGGGGGGAUUGAUCACUUUUUUUCAUUCUUAACCAUUUUCAUGCCCUCAUAACUAGUCAAAACAUUUAGGAACUCCAACUCUUCUACAUACGGAUACUGAAGAAAGGUAAAGUCAAAGCCAGCUUACUCGCUAGGAUAGCCAUCCUACGGAGCGUAUCUCGGUUUUCAGUAGCAUGAAGCGACUUCAAGCUACUGCUGCUCCCUAGAGUUCACCAUGCUCAUCUCUCUCUCUCUCUGUCUGUGUGUCUCUCUCCCUGUCUCUACCCCUCUCACGCUGAAAAUAACCUCAACAUACCCUUUUCUUUCGCAACAGGAAACAAAAUUUUCCUUCUAUGCAGAUGCCCAGAUCGCAGUGGGCCUCUGUGUUGGAAUGAAAGUUCAGGGUCACACAAGAUGGCUCGAGCUCAAGAUACCUUACAAUGACAAAAGCUUAUUUGGAAUUUUUGGAUUGCAUUCUACACAGCCUCUUAGUGGAAUUGAUUCUUCACAAUGGAAAUCAUUGAUUAAUGGAUCUUCUAUGCCUGAAGUAAGUCAAAAACAGUUUAGUUUUACGGUGAUUCUUAGAGUUGGAUAACAUUUAACACUGAUGUAUGUUAAGUUAUGGACCUACCUUCAAUGGAAAAGUAAGAGCUCAAAAAGUAUUGUUCUUGUUCCCUUAGAACUGUCCAAGCAGCAAAAAAAGUGGUUUUAACGUUCAACGAGAAAGCUCUGCGGUAGGUGCAAAAGCUCGACUUGGACUGAUAGCACGGAGCAGAGAUCCAUGCGGUGGCGAUCCCGAUACAAGGAUUGGGUUUGGAACUGCAGGAAGCAUUGGGGGAACGGACCCUAACAACACAUGUGGAAACGUAUAUAUCUCAAGUUCUGGCGCACCUAUCAAUAAAUCCAUCAAGGCAUUCUGUUAUAUAUUCAUUAAAUAGUUCACAUGAUUCGGCGCAUAAAGAAUUAAAAAACGCGUUCGGAGAAAAGGAUCUCCGACGGUGUGCUUCCGCGGGGUUACUCUUCCAACACUAUAAACUCGUGGCAUUUCGAAAAGUAGCGAGGUCCUCCUCUUUGGCUUGGAAAUAGUGGUGGAAAGUUAAGGUUACAAAUUUCGCUUAAGAUUAAAAACUGUCUUUUUGUUUCUUGAUAAGCAGGGACGUUUUUCAGCUAAGUCUACGCUUUGAUUGUGUGUUUGUUUCUUUUUUUUCCGCUUGUAACAAAUCAGAACAUUGUUUCCUGAAAACAUUCUACUAUAGGUACGUACGUGAAUGUUAAUCGUUAUCAGGCCAUACUAUCAUUACUUAGAUCUCAAUUCCAACUCUUUCCAAAGUGGAGUAAGAUAAAGGCCGUGUAAAUGAUCUUUGAAUUUGCAGCAAGUCACAAAGCACUGCCAUGCAGAAAUCUGAAUUAUUAAAGAAAAAAG